GUGAAUGGCAAAUUAAAUUUUGUCAAAAACCAUAUAUGUCACUCUCUUCAAAAUGGCACACCAUGCUAGCUUUUCUUCUUCCCUAAUAUAUAUAAAGAGACCUCAUGAUAAUAAUAAAAAAAAAAUGCAAUUAAUAAACUUCAACCAUAAUAGUGGAAGUAUGACGUAUUUGUUGCAAAAACCACAUGUUCACCAAUCAUUCAUAAUUAAUAGUGCAUUAUUUAGACCUUCAUAUACUCCUCACAAGAAUAGCAAUUGGUUCUUGAAAUCUUCUCUAACAAAAAAGGUUCACAUAAGAAGGUGUUUAGUGUCUCCACCUUGCAUGAGAGUAGUGAUGGCAACAAGUACCAAUAAUUCUCAUCAUAAUGUGAAAGCUUUAGUGACUGUGAAACAAAGUGAUGAUGGCCUCAUCAAGAAUAUUGUUACUGGUAUUGUUGGUAACAAUCACUUGGUUUUGGAGCUUGUCAGCGCUGAACUUGAUCCAAGAGCAAACUCCGAAAGAGAAACAAUAAAAGGAAAAGCACACGAAACAGAGAAAACAGAGAACAAUGUGCAAUAUGAAGCAACAUUUGAGCUACCAACAAAUUUUGGAAAUGUGGGUGCUGUUUUGGUUGAAAAUGAACACAGCAAAGAGAUAUUUCUAAAGAACAUAGUCCUUGAUGGUUUCCCUGAUGGACCUAUCCACCUUAAUUGUCAAUCAUGGAUUCAGCCCAAGGAUGAUACUUCUACAAAGAGAGUCUUUUUCACCAACAAGGUGUAUUUGCCAUUACAAACACCAAGUGGAUUAAGAAAGUUUAGAGAAAAUGAGCUCAUAGAAUUAAGAGGGAAUGGAGAAGGAGAAAGAAAAAAGUCAGACAGAGUUUAUGACUAUGAUGUCUACAAUGAUCUGGGUGAUCCUGACAUCAACAUUGAACUCAAAAGAUCUGUUCUUGGUGGAACCAAACAAUUUCCAUAUCCACGACGCUGUCGUACCGGUCGGAAGCAUUCUGAUGCAGACAAACUGUAUGAAGAAAGGAGUACUUUAGAUUUCUAUGUUCCUCGUGACGAGUCAUUUUCUGAAACAAAGCAGACACAAUUCAAUAAGUCUACCAUAUCAUUAGGCUUGACUACAAUUCUUCAAUCCUUGGACACACUCCUCACUGAUACAAAUCUUGGGUUUGCAAACUUUGAUGACCUAGAUGCAAUUUACAAAGAAGGAUUUCAAAUACCAACUCUUGAAUCCAAUGACUUAACAUUUCUUCAAAAACUCAUUCCAAAGUUCUUCAAGGAUGCUGACGAUAGCCAAAAUCUUUUGCGCUUUGAUAUCCCGGAAUCAUACAAAAGGGAUAGAUUCUUUUGGUUUUCAGAUGUGGAGUUUGCUAGAGAGACUUUGGCAGGUGCCAACCCAUAUAGCAUCCAAUUGGUUAAGGAAUGGCCUUUGAAAAGUAAAUUGGAUGUCCAAAUCUAUGGUCCAUCAGAAUCAUCAAUUUCUAGAGAAAUCAUUGAGUCACAAAUCACAUACAGCACAGUUGAAGAGGCUAUUGAAGAGAAGAAGCUGUUCAUGCUAGACUAUCAUGAUUUAUACUUACCAUAUGUAAGUAGAGUGAGAGAGAUUAAGGAAACAACACUAUAUGGAUCAAGAACACUAUUCUUCCUCAAUAGUGAAGGCAUAUUGAAGCCAUUAGCUAUUGAGCUCACUAGACCACCUAUUGAUGGAAAGGCACAAUGGACACAAGUUUUCAAACCUGAUUCUGAUUCCACCAAUCUAUGGCUUUGGAGGCUUGCCAAAGCUCAUGUUCUUGCUCAUGAUUCUGGUCAUCAUGAACUUAUAAGCCAUUGGCUAAGAACUCAUUGUGUUGUGGAACCUAUUAUAAUUGCAACGCACAGACAACUCAGUUCCAUGCAUCCAAUUUAUAGAUUAUUGCAUCCGCAUCUGAGAUAUACCAUGGAGAUCAAUAAGGUUGCUCGUGAGGUUCUCAUUAAUGCAGAUGGGAUCCUCGAAAUAUCAUUCACACCUAAAAAGUAUACAAUGGAAUUAAGCUCUGUGGCAUAUGAUAAGCUUUGGCAAUUUGAUUUGCAAGCACUUCCAAAUGACCUUAUCCAUAGAGGAAUGGCUGUGGAAGAUCUUAAUGCACGGCAUGGAAUAAAGCUAACAAUCAAAGACUACCCUUUUGCCAAUGAUGGCCUUCUCAUAUGGGAAGCAAUCAAACAAUGGGUCACAGAGUAUGUCAACCAUUACUAUCCAAGCUCAAGCACUGUCGAAUCUGAUCAAGAGCUUCAAGCAUGGUGGACAGAAAUUCGAACAAAGGGUCAUGCUGACAAAUCCGAAGAACCAUGGUGGCCAAAACUCAAAACACAAAAUGAUCUUAUUAACAUCAUUACCACUAUAGCUUGGGUAGCAUCUGCUCAUCAUUCAGCUGUGAACUUUACACAAUAUACAUAUGGAGGCUAUUUCCCUAAUAGACCAACAAUUGCUAGAAACAAAAUGCCUACAGAAGACCCUACAAAGGAAGAAUGGGAAAAAUUUAUGAACAAUCCCGAGCAAACACUUUUGGAGUGCUUUCCAUCACAAAUUCAAGCAACCUUAUUUAUGGUGGUUUUAGGCUUAUUAUCAGAACAUUCACCAGAUGAAGAGUACAUUGGGGAAAUAAUGGAGCCAUCUUGGGGUGAGAAUCCAAAUAUAAAGGAAGCUUUUGAAAGGUUUCAAAAGAGAUUGAAGGAGAUUGAAGGUAUUGUAGACUCAAGGAAUGAAGAUAGGAAUUUGAAGAAUAGACAUGGAGCUGGAAUAGUGCCUUAUGAGACACUAAAGCCAUUUUCAGGGCCCGGAGUCACCGGAAAAGGAGUCCCAUACAGCAUAUCCAUUUAAAUUUAGUUUGGUACCUUAAGCCUCAAUAUGAAUACUCAAAUGCUGUACUAUUCUAUGAUUAAAUUAGAGAAAUGAUAUUUGGACAAUGAUUUUGUUGUCCGACAACAUAUUUUAUAUAUAGUGUAGAUACAAUGUUUCUUUAUUA